UGGCAUGGCACGUAUACAUGCAGUAGAGAUUAUUAUAGUGUAUUGUUGUUGCAAUGAAUAAAAUGUUUCUUUUGUUUACAAUAUUUUUUCCGUCAAUUUAUUUGUAUCCUUCUUCUCAUUGUAAAAAAGUUGGUCACCUUAAUUAUAUAAGCCCACCAUUGGCCAAGUGGAUAAAAUCACUAAACACUAGUCAUGAGUUCGUAUCUCAUCAACAGGCUGGUCAUAUGGAGUUUUCUGGUUUUUUUCAUAUUUUUAAUACCUAAACAGGGACCAGUUUCCCACAAAAAGUCUUCCUGGGAGGUAUCUCAUUUAUGGCUGGACCCCUUUAAUUAAGUUGUAUUGCCAUAUACAAACAACAACAUAUAAUGUUUAUUUUGUAAGGGACAAAUAGGGCAAGUCUGACUUGGGUUUUGAGACCAUCAACAUUGUUGAGUGUCUUUCUGUCUUUUCUGAAGUUAGAGUCCAAUACUGUAUUCAUGCAAUUUCACUACGUAGUAAAAACUUGGCCGCCUUCAACGUCAGGUGCCUCUUAGACACACAGCAGACAACCAUAUGUGGGGUUAAAACACCACAUUACACACUUAUUUUUUGAAGACUUAUCUCUUAGUUAAUUUAUCUUUUAAAAAUGAUUACUAUAAGACUAAAUAUAUAUGUAUGCUAUAUUACGACAGUUUUACAAAGAGAUGGAUUUGGUAAACACCCUUAUUUUUGUUGCGUUGUUGCCGAGACUAGUGGACAAAAUGAAGAAGAGAAAGAGAUUAUUGGAUAUGUUUUCUUCUAUUAUACCUAUUCAACGUGGGAAGGUAGAGCUAUGUAUAUGGAAGAUAUUUAUGUGAAGCCGGAAUAUCGCAGUAAGGGUGUUGGAACAGCAUUAUUGAAACAUAUUGCUAAAAUCGGGGUAGAAUCCGGAUGUGCCAGGUUGGAUUUUGCAGUCUUCGACUGGAAUAAUUCGGCAAUAUCGUUCUACAAGAACAGGGGAGCGGAAAAUAUAUCCGAAACCGAAGGAUGGAACCAUUUUCGUAUUAGACGAAGAGAGUUAGAAAAACUAAGUUAUGAAUCUUAACUUUGAUUAUUUUAAAUAAUAUAAAUGUAAAUAUAUAAAACAAUAUUAUAGUCAAUAUUAUUAUAAUUGACUAAUUGAAAAUAAAUGUUUUCUUUUGAAGAAUGUGUUAAUGUCUCUGUGUACCCUUACAUCCUUGUAUCUAGAAUGGAAUUCACAUAUAAGGUAAAUAAGCCAUAGUUUAGGGCCUUGUUCUAUUUUCAAAGACAGCUUAUACAUUAUUGCCCAUUCGAUCGAGGAGGAAGGGCCUCUUGUAUAUUUAGGGCCACAAGUGUAGAUUAGACUCUAAAUCAGUCAAUAUGCGGUUUAUCUUCAUUUUUACUAUAUUCCUAACUCAUUUAUGAUUA